CACCCUCCUCUAUAUAGAUAAUAAUAAUCAAUCCCCUCCUCCACUCCCUUUCCAUUUCUCCUUCACUCUAAAAGCUCCACUCCCAAACUCUCCUCUUCCCUCCUCCCUCUGCACCACCACACCCACCGCCGGAGAAACAUGUCAGAGAAAAAGUGCAGCCACCACAAAGACAAGAAGAAGAAGAUCGUCCGGCGAAUUUGCGCCGCUAUUCUCAUCUUCCUCUUCUUAGUUCUCCUUACUAUCCUCAUCGUUUGGGCCGUUCUUCAACCAAAAAAACCCCGUUUCAUCCUCCAAGACACUACCAUCUUCACCUUCAACGUUUCCGCCCCGAACAUCUUCUCCACCUCAAUUCAAGCCACCGUUUACGCCCGUAAUCCCAAUAGGAACAUAGGCAUAUAUUACGACAAGAUGGAUAUUUACGCCACCUACCACAACCAGCAAAUUACGUAUUACACACAAAUUCCUCCUGUAUACCAAGGCCACAAAGACGUCAAUAUCUGGUCGCCGUUUGUUUUCGGUAAUAACGUCCCGAUUGCUCCGUAUAACGGCCCUGGACUCACCGAAGACCAACAAAAUGGCGGCGUUUGGCUCGACUUCAAAAUGAACGGCCGUGUGAAAUGGAAAGUAGGGUCUGUUACAACCGGUCACUAUCAUCUUCACGUCACGUGUUCCGCCUAUGUUCCAUUCGGUGACCACCCUGCUAACGGCGGAAUCGUCGUCGGCAAUAACGCCGUUAAGUACCAGCUCUCCCGGAGCUGUGAUGUCAGUGUUUGAAGUUCGUUUUUACUACCGUUAAGUAUUUAAUUCCCUUCUUAAACCUAUUUUUACUUUUCCACCUUAUUUCAGCUUCAGCCUCUCUUUUUUAAAUUUUAAUUUGAGUCUUUUGUCCUACAUAGUUGAUGAAUUGUACAUUUUGCUAAAAAUAAAUUUGGGAAGGAAAUAUUGAGGAUGGGACAGAUACCAAAAAUUCACAAUAUUGUAAGAAGUUGUAUUCAUUCGGAUUAUGUGUAAUUUACAAUAUAUUAUAUUGUUUCUUCUCAUUAGAAAAAAGUGACAAUUAUUGUUG